AAGGGCCCAUAUCAGCUGCAGUUGAGGUUCAGCGAAGUGGUAAGCGAAGUACGAUGGAAGAGCAACCAAAACCGAAGCUGUUCACCCGCGAGGAGCUUAAGUCACGGUGCACGCGCAAUGACGCCGUGCUUAUCAUACAUAAUGAAGUGUACGACGUCACCAGUUUCCUAGCAGAGCACCCCGGUGGUGAAGAGGUGCUACUGGAAAAAGGCGGCCAGGACGCUACCGAGCCCUUCGAAGAUGUCAGCCACAGCUCCGAUGCCAGAUCUUUAAUGAAGAAGUACAAGAUCGGCGAGCUGGUGGAGGCUGACCGAGUGCAGAGUAAGAACGCAUUCGCGCCUCAGUGGACCAACGACCAGGCGCAGGAGCAGGGCAAGCUGCUCACGGUACUGCAGGCUGCAGUGCCCAGGAGUACUGCAGGCUGCAGUGCCAGUACUACAGGCUGUAUGUUGUGUGUACAGCACGUGGACCUCGUGGCUGACACCGUUGCUGCUGGGCGUGGCCGCCACCAUCCUGUACCGCUACCUGUUCGCGUAGUGCCGCCACUGCCGCCGCCGCCCUGCUACUACUCUCGUCAUUCUAACCUGCUUAGAUAUAAGUACAGCGGACGAGUAUCGUCAGACGACUCUCACUUACGUACGAUGUGGUUGCUAACUUCAUAA